UAAUAUUCCUUCAUAUCCUACAUUUCUCUAAUGCUUUCCUGCUGUCACAAAACCCCCCCUCAAUAAAACCCCUCCACAUAAACCUCUACUUCACCAUCACAACCAUGUCCACCACCUUUCUCUACCUUUUUGUCCUCUCCAUCACCGUUGCGGCCGCGAAAAUCACUACCAUAUCAUCGGAUAUCGCGGCCCUUAAAGCCGUCAAAUCCGCUAUUAAUCCCACAACUAUCCCAUCAUACACUUGUUUACACUCUUGGGACUUUACUUCUGACCCUUGCUCACCACCUCAUGUGACUCAUUUCCUAUGCGGACUAUCUUGUUCUGGUAACCGAGUCACCCAACUUACUCUUGACCCCGCGGGUUACGCGGGCACUCUCUCUCCACUCGUCGCACAACUCGUCCAACUAAUCACCAUUGAUCUAUCCGACAAUAAAUUCUCCGGCCCAAUUCCUACUUCCCUCUUCACUCUCCCUAAUCUCCAAACACUCAUCCUCGGAUCCAACUCGUUUUCGGGCGUCAUCCCACCGGAGAUCUCAAACCUCAAAAAGUUACAAACCUUAGACAUUUCCCAUAAUUUCAUAUCCGGGUCAUUACCCAACUCGUUAGCCUCACUCACUGAGUUGACUCGGCUCGACUCGAGUUUCAACAAACUCACCGGACCGAUCCCAACCCUCCCAAAAAACCUCAUCGAACUUGCUCUCAAAUCCAAUUCCCUAUCCGGGUACCUCCAAAAACCCUCCUUCACCGAGUUGACUCAGUUAGAAGUCGUCGAACUCAGCGAAAACUCACUAACCGGAACGAUUCCCGCUUGGUUCUUCCUCAUACCCGCUCUUCAACAAGUCAACUUAGCCCACAACAACUUCACCGGACUCAACAUCUUAAAACCGGUCAACAGCAACCUCAUUGCCGUUGACCUUGGGUACAACAGCAUCUCCGGCUACCCGCCGGAGAACUUUCCGGCGUACCCUAUGCUAGCCUCAUUGACACUAAGUUACAACAAGCUACGUGGCAGAAUCCCAUUGGAGUACAGCAAGUUUAGUAGAUUGUUUCUUGAUGGAAACUUUUUAGUUAGUUUGUCAUCGGAAUUUUUCUCACGGAAAAUAUCAAUCUCCGGCAGCUUAGGGGACAACUGUUUGAAGAGUUGUCCGGCAUCUUCGGAACUUUGCUUGAAAAAACAGAAACCGUUGUCGAUAUGCCGGCAAGUAUAUCAUGGGAAACCGAAACUGAAGUCAUAAAAGUUAGUUCAUGUUUUCUUGUUUCAUAUUGUCAUAUUGAUAAUAUUAUUGUAUGUAUAUUAUUAUUAUUUUAGUGGGAUUUAAUAAUGGAAGUGUAUUUUUUUAUUUGUGUUAUCUCAUGAGUCGGAUUUUACAAGGUUAGUUUAUAAAAGAAUAGUUUUUUUUUUUUUUGUUA